AAACAUUCUGUUUUAUAUUGUUUUGAAAAUUGUUUUGGUUUUGGGUUUUGAUCCAAAGCAAAUAUUGUAGAAAUAUUCUACAAUAUUUGUCCAAAGUUGGUUUUGAUCGAAUGCGUUGUUGUUAGUCAUGGUUACUGUUGUAUUGUACGUUAUAUUUCCAGUCGUUAUAGUAGCUGCCGGUUUGAUACGGAAAUGGCAAGAAAAACAAUGGGGGAAGUGUAAAUCGCAGUCUUCUCUUCAAGAUAAAGUUUUUAUAGUUACAGGAGCCAAUUCAGGGAUAGGCAAAGAAACUGCCCGAGGAUUGGUGAAAAGGAAAGCUCGUGUCAUAAUGGCCUGCAGGGAUUUGAGCAGUGCUCGAAAUGCGAUAGAAGAUAUUAGACAUGAAACAUCAUCAGGUGAAUUGAUUCCAAUACAUCUUGAUCUUUCUUCAUUAAUGUCAGUGAGAGAAUUUGUGUCUGAAGUUUUAAAAGAAUUCCCAAAAAUUCACGUUCUCAUCAACAACGCAGGGGUCUAUAUCCCCGUAGAGAAGAACUGCAAAACAAAAGAAGGUUUCGAGAUACAUUUUGGCGUGAACCAUUUAGGCCAUUUCCUGCUGACCAAUCUGCUCAUCCCUCGCUUGCGAGAGAGCGCCCCUGCAAGGUGGAACAUGAAGCCAGGAGGUGCGUUGCAGGGUCGUGACGGUGUCGUCCACGCUGCACGAGCGCGGCAGGAUCGAGCUGGACGAUCCCCGGGGCGAGAGGGGCUUCCCGGCGGGGGGCGGGCGCCACAACCCGGGCUACUGCAACUCCAAGCUGGCCAACGUGCUGUUCACGCGGGAGCUGGCCAGGCGUCUGCAGGGCUCCGGGGUGGACGCCCACGUGCUCUGCCCCGGCUUCACCUACACCGGCCUGUUCCGCCACACCCCCGUGCGGUGGUACCACUACGUCCUGGUCGCGCCGGUAGCCCUGUACGCCUUGAGGACCGCAGCGCAGGGCGCUGAGACGGUCUUGCAUUGUGCUACAGAGGAAUCGUUGGAAGGAAUUUCAGGGCUGAUGUAUAGAAACUGUGCUGUCUACAAGUCGAAAGCCACAAUAGAUGAGGAAACUGCAGAAAAAUUGUGGGCUGUAAGUGAAGAACUGUGUGGACUAAAUAGUUCCUUGUAAGUAAAAAAAAGUUACCAUUAUUUCCUGCCAGAAAAUCGUAAAAAAUGCUAUGUAAUUAACUUAGUUCAAGUAAAAUAUGUUAUGUGGAUUAAUUCAAAACUGCAGGUUUAGAAAAUAAACUAUGCUAAUCCAUUUAAA